AUGAUAUGGUUAACCGUGGGUGCGGUACUUUCCAUAACUCGUCGAUUAAACAUGAAAAUUAAUUGGAAGUGCCCUGACUGGAAGACUUAUACUCUUGAUCCCCCUCCUUUGAAAGAGCACGUUGAGAAAUUGGCCAAGCUAGGCUUGAAAGAUCCAUGGGCUCGCAAUUAUGCUUGGCAAUAUUUACCGAAAAUUUACAAACCUCGUUCUCAACGGUUUAGAGAAAUACUUCUUGCAAGACUACCUCAUGGUGUAGCUCUAGGAAUUGUAGCCUCGAUCCUAAUAAAUCAAUUUGACAGAUGGCGUAAAGGCGAAUUCAGUGCAGCAAAACAUUAACAAGUCAUCUUGUUUUGUUUCCUAUUCAUUGGAUUUUUAAUUCUCGUUUAAAUUAGUGUUAGAACCUUAAGUGUUAUGUUCAUUGUAAAAGAAAAAAAAUAAUGACAGAAUUCGGAAUCUAAAAAUAUGUAAACGUGACUUACUUGUUCAGUGCUUUGCGUAAAUGGGGUGCAUUUGGAAAUUAAAUAAAUACCUGUCCGAGUAUCAUCAGGUUUAUUUACUCUCAGUUUCUUUGAUUAAUUUUAGUUUAAAUUGUUUAUGAUGAAAUAAUGUGUCGCAUCCAAAUGUUAAGUGAAAUUGUAAAAUCACAAUUAU